AUGAGCCGCUUCGAGAUUGACUCUUACGAACGUCAAAAGCUGUGGGUUGAGCACUUCACAGAGAUGCUCAGUAGGCCUGAUCCUCCGUUCGAUGCCAAAGACGUUGUGAAUGAACGAGCGGCUUUGUUCAGGAAAAAGAUUGACGAAGCCGCCUACGCUUGUGCCAAGGGCGACUUUGAGCACGUGUUAAAUCUUUACGAUGAGGUGGUCGAACUGGACCCCACCAACCAUGUGCUGUAUUCGAAUCGCAGUGCUAUACAGUGUAAACUGGGCCGGUAUCGCGAGGCAUUCGCCGAUGCUGUGAAAAGCAUCGAGUGUAAACCGAGUUGGGCCAAGGCGCAUUAUCGAAAGGGACACGCUUUAAUAUGCAUGGGUGAGUACGUGCCGGCGUUGGUGGCGUUUGCAACGGGCUUGGCGCUAGAUCCGACGAAUAAGCAGUUAGCAUGGUCUCUGACUGACGCCGCUUCCAAGUGUCCUAUCAGAGAGCAGUUUUUCGCGACCUUCAAUGAUAUGAAGUGUUCGGGAUUGAAUCGAAGCGCGUUCUUGUUGAUCAGCGUCGCCGGACAAUCGCUAUACACUGCCGGCUACGUCACUGAAGCGGUGGGGGUGCUGGAAUUGGCAAUGAAAGUC